UUAGAAUACGGUGACUCACUUAAGCGUCGGUCUAAUUGUAUUCUAUCGGCUAAAGGUCUUGGCCCUCCUGAUCUUUGUCAUUUAACUAAAACUAUAGAAACUCAAUCGUCACUAAUAAAAGCAACAUCAGUACAGCAAAGCAUUGUAGGUACUUACCACCACAUAGUUGGACUCGCCUACAAAAACCCCGCUGAUGUCGCCGCAUACAUUACUUCUUUAGUAAAUGAACAGCAAAAAACAACAGUGACUGUUUCAAGUAAAAGUUUCUGGAAGAUACAAAAGGCUAUUUAUUGCUCAUAUAACGCUUUUUCGACUCUGGAUGUGAUAGUUCAGAUAGAAUUUCCUGGGACGGUUAGAGUGUUUGUAAUUGAUUUAGACGGUCGCAAGUAUGAAAGUGACGAGAAUAAUUGGAGAGAGACUUAUGUAUCAAGUGUGCUACGCUAUAUAAAUAAGUCAACUGCUUCCAACGGUUCCGUGGAUUGUUUGCGUUCAUACUCUCCGCUAAGUACAUAUGUUGAUAGAGAUAACUUUAUACAGGCCAGUAAGAUUUUAUUUUGGGAAGGAGUACGCUUAGGAUCAACGCUUAAUAACUUAAGAACCACAAACUUAAAUAAUGUUUUAACAACAUCCUUAAAAGAAUUUUUUUUCAGUACAUCAAGCUACAUGGAAUGUAUUACUUAUUUUAGCGAUUUAGCUCGUCGCGAUAUCGAACUAAACUGCGUUCUUGCUGAGUGUUAUGAUUGUAUGGACAAUACUACAAAGGCUGUUUGUCUACUAGCUCAUACACUUCUUAGUUGCGAUAUCAUAAUAGAGUACUCUCCAGAAAUAUUAACAUUACAGUCACAACUACUACUGAAAGGUGGUGACCUCGAACCAGCUCUAGUUAUAGCAAAAUUGGCUGUGGAAAUAGCACCAAAGUUUCCUAAAUCAUGGCUGAAUUUGGCUUCUCUCUGCGUUAAAAAUUGCGACACUGAGACCGCCUUGAUUGCUCUGAAUGCCACACCCAUGCCUACUUCCUGUGAUUAUGAGCUCUCGAAACUUAAUAGUUUAAAAAAACCAGAAAUUAUUGGCCGAAAAUCUAAAAAAUGGUGUGCAGAGAAAGAGUAUGGAGAUUUUAUUCUAGUUAAUCUUCCUUCAAUGAAGCUUCAUGGUCUUUUCUUAAAAGCUUACGAAGUCUUAAUUCAGAUAUGGGAAGCUUGCUCAUGGGAAACUCUGUUGUCCCUCAGGUAUAAGAUUUUUUUAACUGAAGCCGAGUUAAUCGACGAAGACGUUUGUAUACCCAAAGAAGGCAACACUGACGCGCAAGUUGCUGAGAGCAAUAAACACGAGCGGUACGAGGUUUCCGCUCCAAAAAAGUAUUUAAAAAGGCCAAUAAAAAGAUGGUUAGAUCAACUUCUUCUGGCCUUACAUCAAGAUUUGACAUAUUGUAGAAUCUGGGAAGCUCGUGAAAAGAAACUUGCUACUGCUGGCUAUGAAGAUUCUAGGACGUUUGGAGACUUCGUGCAUUAUGCAAAGCUUAACCAAAGACUGCAACGCAAAGACCAGGCCUAUGACCUCUUGCACAAGUCUUUAAAUAUAGGGUUUUCACACGAAGCUUACCUCGCUUUACUACAAACCUACUCUGAAGAUGGCUUCAUUGAAGAAAGUAUUAAAAUUGUCCGCAUUCUAGAAAAAUAUUAUGAGGAUAUUGGAACUUGCGUUCCUUUUGAACUUUCUAAAUCAAUUUAUAAACUGGUGGCAAAGCACGGAUUAUCUAAAUUUAAUCAAAUUGGUAAGGUAGUUAAUGAAGAUAACUGCUUGCAACAAAGCAUAAAAAAUAUUGUAAACUGGAAAACAUUUGGGUACGACAGAUAA